GAUCGUCUACACGGCCAUCGUUGGCCUGGUGAUGAUCGCCGCCUGUCUCGAGUGGUUCCUCUGGAUAGCCGCCUUCUUGUAUUGCCUGUGGAAGGUGUUUGUCAAAGCCGAACAUUGGACCGUCCGGCUUCUGGCAGUGCUCGUGGGAAUUGCGUUUACAUUGCUCAGGUAUUGUCCUGUUCCUGUUGUUCGCAGGCGAAAACCCAAGCAGCGUUUGUUAAACUCACAUAUGGCGACAGAUGCAUAUUCCUGCCCGUCAUGAUUGUGACUCUACCGCUCCCCAGCCAGAUUUCCCGUGUUUGGCCGCCCGCCAUGGUCUCGUUCCUCCAGUGGUUUGCCUUCUGGACCUUUGCCGGGCUCUUGUCCAUCCCCUGGCUCUUUUGCGUCUACCAGAUCGUCACACACCAGCUCGGACGGACGAAGCGCAUCAAGCAGGUCCUCGACGAAGUGUCAGCCCCGAAGGUCGUCAUUGUGAUGCCUUGUUACAAGGAGGAGCCCGAGGUCCUUGUUACUGCCAUUAAUUCCGUCGUCGACUGCGAUUACCCGCCGUCUUGCAUCCACGUCUUCCUCUCCUUCGAUGGCGACCAGGAAGACGAGCUCUACCUCAACACCAUCGAAAAGCUUGGGGUCCCCCUUACGCUCGAAUCGUACCCCAAGAGCAUCGACGUGACGUACAAGGCCGCCCGGAUUACUGUCUCGAGGUUCCCCCACGGCGGCAAGAGACACUGCCAGAAGAUGACUUUCAAGCUCAUCGACAAAGUCUACCACGAGUAUCUCCGGCGAAACGACAAUCUCUUCAUUCUCUUCAUCGACUCCGACUGCAUCCUGGACAGGGUCUGUCUGCAAAACUUUGUUUACGACAUGGAGCUGAGCCCCGGCAACCGGCGAGACAUGCUGGCCAUGACGGGCGUCAUCACGUCGACGACCAGGAAACACAGCCUCAUCACGCUCCUGCAGGACAUGGAGUACAUCCACGGCCAGCUGUUCGAGCGGACGGUGGAAUCGGGCUGCGGUGCCGUCACCUGCCUCCCUGGCGCCCUGACGAUGCUGCGCUUCUCAGCUUUCCGGCGCAUGGCCAAAUACUACUUCGCCGACAAGGCGGAGCAGUGCGAGGAUCUCUUCGAUUUUGCCAAGAGCCAUCUGGGCGAGGACCGCUGGCUGACGCACCUGUUUAUGAUCGGUGCAAAGAAGCGGUACCAGAUCCAGAUGUGCACCUCGGCGUUCUGCAAGACCGAGGCCGUGCAGACGAUGCGCUCGCUCAUCAAACAGCGCCGCCGCUGGUUCCUGGGAUUCAUCACCAACGAGGUCUGCAUGCUGACGGAUUGGCGGCUGUGGAAGCGAUACCCGAUUCUGGUGAUGGUCCGGUUUAUGCAAAACACCAUCCGCACGACGGCCUUGCUCUUCUUCAUCAUGGUCCUGGCGCUGAUCACGACGACCAAGAAAAUCAGCGACCUUCCUGUGGGCUUCAUCGCCAUCUCCCUAGGCCUGAACUGGCUGAUGAUGAUCUACUUCGGAGCAAAGCUGCGGCGCUUCAAGAUUUGGCUGUAUCCCAUGAUGUUCGUGCUCAACCCGUUCUUCAACUGGUACUACAUGGUCUACGGCAUCUUCACGGCCGGCCAGCGCACCUGGGGCGGGCCCCGUGCGGAUGCGGCCGCGGCCGACGCGCACACGACGGCCCAACAAGCGAUCGAGCAGGCGGAAAAGACAGGCGACGAGCUCAACAUCGUGCCGGAGUCUUUCAUCCCCGCGGCGCAGGAAAGGGAGGAACUAUCCCAAGCGGGCAGCCAGGAGGCCGGCAAGAAGAGGAAGAAGAGCAGCAGCAGCAGCGCCAGCCGCUCCCGCAGCCUCCUGCAGCCGCCCGACAGGGUGGUCGGCAAGUUUGCCCCGCCCGAGCGGACGGCCAGCGGGUGGUACCAGCACCCGGACGACUCGGUGGCCAGCAUCGGCGCGGCGCUGGGCAAGCGCAGCAUGCCGAUGACAACCCCGAUCAUCCCCGGCAUCGGCGGCGGCGGCGGCGGCGGCGGCGCAACAGCAACGACCACGCUCCUGGGCGCCCACCGGCGCGACUCGUUCGACAGCGCGCUGUCGGCCCACACGGGCAUCCUGUCGGUGUACAUGCCGCAGCGGGUCGAGAGCAUCAUGGGCGAGGAGGACCGGCGCAAGUACGAGCUCGCGCAGGCCAGCCAGCUGCGCCAGUUCAUGAGCAGCUCGCGCGUGUUCCAGGGCCCGCCGCCCGGCCACGUGUACGAGGUGCCCGAGGCGGAGCUCCGACGGGCCGCCGGCAGGCCGUCGCCUUCUUCGUUGCAGGGCAGGGCGUCGAGUUAUGAGAGCGAGGGUCACUCGGAGGGGUCUUCUUCGGCGGAUUUGUUGUCGGGCGGUGGUAUUAGUGGUGGUGGUGGUGGUGGGAGACAGGCUCAGGGGCUUGCUCCGCCGCCGCCGCCGCCGAAGCCCAGUGCCGGAGCGCGGGCCGGGAGGAGUCCGCUCAGCAGAGCGAGUUGGACCCGGCCGGUGUCAAGAGACGAGGUCGAGCUGGAGAUGGAAGCGUCGUUGGCGGAUACUCCGGGUUCAUCGCCGCGGCUGGGACAAGGCCAGGCCCAGGGGCAGAGGGGAAGCAGCGGUAGGGGGAGGGUCAUCUGA